AUGGCUUGCAAGAGUUUGGCGGGAGAAUGGGCUAAAUACGGCGUGACGGUAAACUCGAUCUCACCGGGAUACGUAGCCACGGACAUGAUAAAGGACCCACCUCCAGGAGAAGGCGCUACAUGGCCCAAGGUAUGGAUGCGCGACACACCUGUAGACAGGUUCGCGGAAGCGUUCGAGAUUGGUCAGAUGAUCGUUUUGAUGUGUUCGCAAGAGAGUUCGACGUUCAUGACUGGUCACGAUCUCAUCAUGGACGGAGGUUUCACAACGUAUUAA